GGACUCAGUGAGGGGUUCGGUGAUUUUGGAUUCUGUGUUUUUGGGUGAUUAGUGAACAGAGGAGCGGAACUGAGAGGUUGGACGGUGGGUAGGGCUCAGGGGCACAGGGACCAUGUCCAUGCCAAAGACUGAAGCGGAGGUGAAGGUAGCCGAAUGGCAGCAGACUUAUUAUGCCACAGACUCCGGCAUCCAAUCAGGAGCCACAACAGUAAAUGAGGAGGACCAAUCAGAGAGCAGCAGGAGUAUCGCAGGUCUGAGCCGCCUGACUGUUGCUCCUGUGGUCCCCUUAGAUCCGGACUCUCAGCUGGUCUUGACGGGGGCGCAGCGGGCGCAGCGGGUUCGGGCCGCCAUGUUCCCGGAAACGUUAGCAGAGCGUGAUUUGUUAGCAUCUAGCGACUCAUCAACAAACGUCCAGCGUCUGACUGAACCCUCGGAGCUCCUGCAGAACGCCAUGGUCAAUCUGAUCCAGUACCAGGACGACGCAGAACUCGCCUCCCGAGCCACACCCGAACUCACCAAACUGCUCAACGACCACGACCAGGUGGUGGUGAGGAAGGCGGCUCUGAUUGUGAGUCGUUUGGUACGUAAUGAUGCGUCUCGUCAUGUGAUGAUGCAAUCACCGGGGAUGAUGUCAGCAGUGGUGCGAGUGAUGCAGAACGUCGGUGAUGUGGAGACGACGAGAUGCAUGGCGGCCGUGCUGCACUGUCUCUCUCACCAUCAACCCGGUCUGAACGCCAUCUUCACCGCCGGAGGAAUUCCUGCCCUGGUACACAUGCUCAGUUCUCCGGUGGAGACAGUGCUGUUCUACUCCAUCACCACCCUCCACAAUCUCCUGCUCCACCAGGACGGCAGUAAGAUGGCGGUCAGGGUGUGUGACGGGCUGCAGAAGAUCGUUCCUCUGCUCAAACACACCAACCCAAAAUUCCUGGCCAUCACCACCGACUGCCUGCAGAUUCUCUCCUACAACAAUCAGGAGAGCAAAUUGAUUCUCUUGGCAAAUGGAGGUCCGGACAGUUUGGUGUCCAUCAUGAGAAGCUAUCACUAUGAGAAGUUACUGUGGACCACCAGUCGAGUGCUGAAGGUUCUCUCGGUGUGUCCCAGUAACAAACCCGCUAUCGUCAACGCAGGAGGGAUGCAGGCUCUCGCUCAGCACCUGACUGGUUCCAGUACCCGUCUCAUUCAGAACUGUCUCUGGACUCUAAGAAACCUGAGCGAUGCCGCCACCAAACAAGAAGGACUGGACUCUCUGCUCGUGGUUCUGGUAUCUCAGCUCGGAUCGGACGACGUGAACGUACUGACGUGCGCUACAGGAAUCCUCUCCAACCUCACCUGUAAUAACGCUCUUAACAAAUCACUGGUGGUGCAGCGGGGGGGCGUGGAGGCGCUCAUCAACGCCUUAUUGCGCACCACUGUGAAUCAGGACGAGGCAGAGGUGACCGUGUGUGCUUCUGUGAAUCAGGACGUAGCCGAGCCCGCCGUAUGUGCUUUACGCCACCUGACCGGGCGCCACCCUCUCGCCCAGACCGCCCAAAACGAAGUCAGAAUCCAUUACGGAAUCCCAGCCAUCAUCAAGCUACUGGGACAACCACAAUACUGGCCCGUCGUCAAGGCCACCAUCGGUUUGAUCCGUAACUUGGCGCUGUGUCCAGCCAAUCAAGCACCGCUGAGGGAGGCGGGUGCAAUUCCACGAUUGGUCAAUCUGCUGCUGAAAGCUCACCAAGAUGCUCAGAGACUCACACAGCACACCUACCAGGAUGGAGUGAGUAUGGAGGAGAUAGUGGAGGGCUGUACUGGAGCGUUACACAUACUGGCACGAGAUCCAGUCAACCGCACGGAGAUCGCCAGCAUGCAGACCAUCCCACUGUUUGUACAGUUGUUGUACUGGUGUGUAGACAGUGUGAAGCGAGUAUCCGCCGGGGUUCUGUGUGAACUGGCUCUGGAUAAACGCUCGGCUGAACUGAUCGAUGCUGAAGGAGCUUCUGCACCGUUAAUGGAACUACUGCACUCAACCAACGAGGGUAUCGCCACGUACGCGGCGGCAGUGCUGUUCAGGAUCUCGGAGGAUAAAAACUCUGACUACAGGAAGCGAGUCUCUGUGGAACUCACACACUCGCUCUUCAAACACGACGCUCACGGCUGGGACGUGGUGCACUGUGCCGUUCCCCUCGAUCACACCUACCUGCAGGACGAGGGCGUGUACUCCCCCUACAGUUACCCCGACCUCCCCAUGGAGGCGCUCUCUCUGGAUCCAGACGUCCCUGAGCCCUACGUGUCAGAGGUGACCUUCGACCCCCGACUGAUUUACCCAGAACCACUCUAACACCGUCUUGACGCAGGUCAAGUACACUGGAGGAGGCGGGGCUUGAUCACAUAUGGAGGCGGGGCUUGAUCACAUAUGGAGGCGGGGCAUGAGGACACAUUAAAUUGGGACUUGGUUACGCGAGGCGUCAGGGUUUGAUGGCGUGCAGGCUGGACUCGUGCAGAGAUGAAGACGUGGUUUGAGGAGAUGAAGAGCAGCAGGACGUGUGGAGAUGGAGACGAGGCUGAAGGAAACAUGGAGGCAGUUAAAUGUGGGGGUUAGAAGAGCAUAGUGAUGGUAUAGAAACGGAGCUUAUAGACAGAGGGGGGUCAGGACGACGUGAUAUAGGGAGGCAGGGCUGGUGGACAUGUGUGGAUUGAGGACAGUUGGAGGAUCGAGGAGUUAUGAUGAUAGACUUUAUAUCAGAGCUGGAAGACAGUGGAAGGUGGACGUUACACAGACAUGGUCUGAGGGCCUGUGAGGGAGACUGAUAACAUGGAGGUCGAGCUUAGGUACAUUUGUAGGUGAGUUUGAAGUUACCAAUGCACUUAAACUCAGACUUGCACUGGAGGCAGAACGUGAGAGCUGAAGGUGGAGCUGAAGGAGAGCUGAAGGUGGAGUUUAAAAACAGUUAAAAAUAGAGCUGGGGGACAGGUGAGAACAGGGCUGGUGAAUAUGGGAUGUGAGGACAGGUGAAUGUGGAUUUUGGGGACAGAUGAAGUUGGGGCAUGAGGACGGAUGAAAGUAGGUGUUCAUGGCGCAGGAACAAUGACAUAAGAGAAGGGGCGGGGCUUGUGGACACCUG